GAGCAUCAGUUGAAUACAAAGCAAAGCAUAGCAAAGCUAAAACCAAAACAAGCGAAAAGUGUUCUUAGAACGUUGACAACCAAAGCAAGCGAUUUCAAGUGCAUUUUGUGAACGAGAAAAAAAUAGUCGAGUAAAAAUGUCACUUUUGCCAUAUUUUGGUUCGGGUUAUCAUCCAAGAGAUUUGUUGGUUUCUCUUGAAAGUUUGUUGGCUCACUCGCUAUCAAGCACCGGCAAUUAUUUGCGAUCGCAAUCGUCGCAUUUGGACGAGCUAUUUGGACAGACGCAUAUUGGAAAGGACGGUUUCCAAGUCUGUCUCGACGUUCAACACUUCCAACCCAACGAGAUCUCGGUGAAAACGGAAGACGAUUCGAUUGUGGUGAACGCCAAGCACGAAGAGAAAAAAGACGAACACGGUUACAUUUCGCGAGAAUUUACUCGUCGGUAUGAACUACCAAAAGGAUUCAAGGUGGAAGACGUAACAUCAAGUCUCUCAUCUGAUGGCGUUCUCUCGAUUAAGUGUCCACACGCUGCAGCCAUUGAAGGAUCCAACGUGCGCCAGAUUCAAAUCCAACAAACCGGCCCGGCUAAACAAUGCAUCAAGAGCAACGAGGACAAAAAGGAUGAAAAAUCAGAAGCAAUUGAAAAAUAAAUGAAUUUCAUCUGAAAAAAUCCUGCAUUUCCAAAACAAACUCAAGUU